ACCAGCACAGUUGCAGUGAAAUCAGACAUCGUGGAAGUUGGAAUCUGUUUUUUUUUUUUUGGUUUCCUGUUGGUUGGGUCACAGUGUUCGUUUUCUCCAAGUGCUGCUGCAGGAGUGUAAUCUGUGAACGCCCGUGUGGGAGGAGACUGGACUGCAAUUUGAUUUUCAGCGAGACUCGGAGAGUUGAGGGCUCAGAUUGUUAGAUCAUGUCCUAAACUAUGUGCUGUAGCCGCAGCCAGCUUGUGUAAUUGGGUGUACCCAGAUUUCCGACUGAUUUGGAGCCGAUUAAUCCAUUUAUCAUAAAAAAACUAAUUAAAAAAAACGUCUUAAGAUUCAGCUGUACUGUCGGGAAAGCGAUCCACGAACCAGUCACUGUAACAUGGUCUUUACAUAGAUUUCCCCCUUUGGGGUUUACCGUUUGUGAUCCUGUGUUGGAAAUACCCAUUGGAAUACAGUAUUGUCGUUAUCGAAACAACCUGGGAAAAAAUCAAACUGCAAUGUGGGGGAGACUGGUUUCGGAUUAUGGAGAUGGGAUUAAUAAUAAUAAUUAUAAAAUAGAUGCUGAUGUACCCGCUCCAGGAUGGUUACCUGGUGCCGAGUCGACGUGGCAGGCAGCCUCCUCCUCCUCCUGUAGCAGUAACCGUGGGAGACGUCUCAGCACAGCCUCUGACAGCGGGGACACAGGGAUAGGCAUGUCCUGCUCUGACAGCAUAGAAGACCACUCAAGUUCCAGCACUUCGUUCUUCAAGCCUAUCAAGACCCAAGUAGCCAUCCCCACAGCCCAUGUGAUGCCAUCCACCUCCAGGUUCAAAAGCAGCGGCCUGCUGGCCGGGAGUGACUGGUGCUCAUGUCUGACUCCGCCCGCUCGCGACAGGACAUUGCUUCCCCCAGACACCCUCCUGGACAUGAAGGACCCCAGGCCUAUGAGGCGGUGCUCUUCCCUCACCAAACUCAACAGGCCCGAGAACGGCAUCCCUGGAGGGGAGCCGUAUUUGAAAGGGGAAUCGCAGAACUACAAGGAGGGGUUACUGGGCGACAGUGCAAAACUGUACAGCUACAAGCUAACUGGGGUAGAUCACCUGCAACAUAGGAUGCAGCACGUGAAGAUGGAGGACCGACAGCUUGAUCAAAGUCGGUCCCCAGGCUCCAAACCCCGGUAUAAAUAUGAGAUGUGCAGCAAAGGUGACGUGAAUACUGCGGCUGCUCCUUCCUUCAAGCCGAACGCCUUAGACAUGACAUUUAGUGCCUUACCUGAAAGCAAGCCAGUGAAAACUCGCCAUGAGGCCUAUGGACAGAGAUAUCUGCCUUUGGGGCACCAGGCUGUGGGGGAUUCACUGAUCCAGCCGGCUGUCAGGACUGAAAUAUGGCUCAGUGAGCAGAUGCAUGCUAAUCCUGUGGAUUACAGCAGGCCCUCUGAUGGCUUGUGUGGGUUAACUGCCUGGCAGCAUCAGCAACAACAGCUAGAGAAUAUCCGACAAGAGGCUGAAUUGAUGCAGAUUCGUGGUGGAUCCCCUUAUCAAGUAAACACCCUAAUGAAAAUCAAGGAAGACGAACUGCGACAGAAGGAGUUGGUGAUUGAUCGGCAGAAGCAGCAGAUUGCCCAGCUGCAUCAGAGGAUGGCAGAAAAUGAGCUGCAGGUGGAACAAGUAAUCCGGCGUCCACAUGGGAAUUACGAGGAUCCGUACGUACUGAAGGAAUCGCAGUAUGACAAAUCUCCCUUGCAGGCACAGCUUUCAGGAAGAUCAAAAGCUGUCCACUAUGAGAACGGAGAGCUGGCGCACAAGCUGGCUGCAGCAGAGCUGCAGGUUCUACAUCUCCAUGACUUCCUGAAGCAAAACACACACAAGUACACAGAAGAGAUAAAGAAAUUGGAAGAGAAGAUGACAGCCAGAGAGAAAUAUAUUAGCAGUGUUAAGAAGAAAUAUCAGAAAGAAUCUGAACAAAACCAGGAGAGACAGCAAAGAAUAGAGACGCUUGAGAAGUACCUUGCAGACCUCCCUUCUCUUGAUGACAUACAAACCCAAGCUCAGCAGCUGGAGGUCCUUCAGGAGACAUCACACAAACUGCAGGAGACAGUUCAUGAUCUGGAGGAGAGGCUAGCGGAACACCGAGCUCUGGUCAAGGAGAAAGAGGACUUCAUUGAGCGCCAGAAGAUAAAGGAGAAGGAGCUAAUCGAUGCUGUGCAGAGCUUGCAGCAGAAAGUGGAGCAGUGCCUUGAAGAUGGUGCCAGACUCCCCAUGUUGAACAUGAAGCAGCUGGAGUGUGAAAAUGAUCGCCUCCAGCAGUACAACAAGCGAAAUAAUCAGAUCUUAGACAACCAAAAGAGACAAAUUGGGAAAUUGACAGCAAAAUUGCAAACUGCAGAGCAGAAGUUGGCGCAGGAAGAAUCCAUCUCCCAGGAGCUCAGAAAGCAGGCAGUUGAAAAAGAACAAGACCUGCAGUGGCUGGCUAAAACUUUGCAAGAGAACCAGAGACUGCUGGAGGAGAACUGUAGGCUGAAAGAGCAGCUUCAGCUUUUCAAUGAGGAGAAACGGCAGUCGUGCAUUGAGAAGCCUCUUGUUGAGCAGCUCCUGAAGGAGAUGUCCCAAUGCCUGUUAGACCUCAAGGCCCUGUGCAGCAUUCUCACCCAGAGAGCCCAGGGCAAGGAGCCCAACCUUGCUCUGCUGCUGGGAAUAAAGUCCAUGACCUGUUCCAGUGAAGAGACUGAAAACAUUAACAGUGAAGAUAGUCUCGUCACCAAGCUUUCUGUAGUGUGUCAGUUACGAAAGGACGUUGAUGAAUUGAGGACUGUAGUAUCAGACCGCUAUGCUCAGGACAUGGGAGACAACUGUAUCACUCAAUGACAUUAUGUUGCCUCUCUGCAAUAAUGAACUGUGAUUUUUGAAUGCUGCUUUGUCAUACUUCCCUGCAAUUUUAUUACAGAGCCAUAUUGGAAGAUAGAAACUUGCAAAUGACUAGAGAGUUCCGGAAGAGCUUUGCAUUUUGUGUGCCAACAGCUUAUUUAAAAAAAAAAAAAAAAAAAAACAGCAAAGUACAGUGAAUUAGUUUACAUUUCAGUCCUUUAGUUCUGACUAAGUAUUUUCUAUAUUUUAUUUUUUUGUAGUGAUGGUUGGUAUCGCAUCGCAUGUCUGCAUGCGUUUAUGCUAGAAAUCUGGUUUUACUGUCUCAUAAGAACAUUAGAAAGUUUACAAACGAGAGGAGGCCAUUCAGCCCAUCUUGCUCGUUUGGUUGUUAGUAGCUUAUUGAUCCCAGAAUCUCAUCAAGCAGCUUCUUGAGUGAUCCCUGGAUGUCAGCUUCAACAACAUUACUGGGGAGUUGGUUCCAGACUGACCUUUUUUUUUAAUUUUUUUUUUACUUCUGUGGGCAAUUACAUCUCUGUGACGCAACCUUUAUUUUUUUUUAUUUAGUUCAACAAAAGCUUACUCAGAUCCAGCAUCUACCCAGUUCAGCUGUUGUGUCGUGAAAAGUAAAAAAAAAAAAAACAAA